CAAUCCAUAAGAUCCAUAAUGGCCGAUUAGCGUAAUCUUCCCACUGCUACGCUGCUACUGUUACUGCUUAGUAUCUGUUUGGUGAGCUAGCAGUCGUACACCAGUACCAAUUUGUGUACACCCGGUCAUGGACAGACGAAGACCAAGGUAGCCAGUGUUGUUGGUGCGACGGUUUGGAGCAGACAUGGAGAGAAAGAUGGAUCUUCAAAGCCGCGUUGCACAAAAUGUUUUUAAAUACCUCAGUGAAGUAGUGGACUGGUGGGACAUUGAAAUGCGAACAUGUGAUGCUUGUAACGUGCACUAUUUGGAGGGCAGGCCAACGAAAGAUGCAAAUCCAAGGCUGAUUUUACCCCUCCCUAUAAACACGAGCUUGAAUUUUGACAAAAUUCGAAGCUUUAUGAAAUGCCUGCCCUGCAAUGGAAAAAUUGUAUGUGCAUUUCAAGACGACAGCACCAAUAUAGUAUUUCAAGACAUUAUGGAAGGUGUGGUGCCGCCUCCUAUUAACCAGGGAACGGAAUGAAUGAAUGAACGCAGCCUUCUGGCGAAAACUGUGCCACCAUGAAGAGCGUCGAAGAGGUGCUUGGUGUUAGUGACAUUAACACCCGAGCCCUUAUAUGCUAUAACUUUGUCGCGCAAGAUGUAUUUACAGUCGAUGAGAGUAAAGUCGUAGCUUGGUGCACUGCUCAAGAUAAAUUGCUCCUGGCAACUUCAAGACCGUGCAUCGAAGUCCGAGACCUGGAUGCCAAAGGGCAGCUCUCACUUACUUUCCCCACUGUUGCGAGAGUUGCAAUGAUGGACUACUGUGAAAGGGGGAACUAUAUAGUCACCCUGGAGAACGCAGAGGAAAGUCCCGUCGUUCGACUGUACUUAAAUUGGUGGGUCAACAUUUCCAAGCAGGUAUUGGACUUGCGAAAAAUAGGCAGCCCGCCGCAAGGCAUCGUGGCCCCUAACUGUCUGCAGGUGGUGGAAUUUGUUGGGACGACACGAGCAACUUGUAUCGCAUGCUGUGGCAGGUCUGGGGCUGUGGCAGUUGCGGAGAGCGAUGUCGUAAGAAUAUUCUGCCCAAAGACGUGUACGGGUGACUUGGGGAAGAAGUACGAAGAUUUUUACCUUCUUGUCUCGUUGAAACUGCCUGCUGCACCUGUGAGGGUGUUUCUCAUUGAGGAUCAUUUUGCAUAUUACACAAGUUCAGAAGUUCACGUAGUAAAGCUAUGCUUUGAAUGUGAUGCGUGUCCCUUGGAGGUACCAGCUGAUGACUCGAAUCGACCCAAGCAAGAAAACAUCUUCGAUAACGUGGACUGCGGUAACGUAACGAAUGACACGCAUUUCGUGGAAUGGACCUUCGGUGCCGAAGAUGCCUCACACGACAGUGCCGGCUGCGACGAAGACAAACUCAAGGGCGUAUUACACAGUGCAUCCUUCCCUGCAACUCUGACGCUGCGAUCGGAAUCAUUUCGAGCAAUCAUUGACCUGACUGCAUUAUCUGAAAAGACAAUCCUGGGCCCUAAGAGAAGCACACCAGAUUUGAAAAUUAUUGCCGCUUUGAGUCAAGACAUUGAACCUUCUUUUGUGCUGUCAAAUGUUACUGUGAUCACAAUGCUUUACAGACGGUUCGCGCCCUCGAACGAUGGCGUAGCUAUUCAGGCAUUCCAAUGGGUUCCGUACUAUUCCAAGGUAGACAAAAUUGAUUCGACCGAUCCUUUAACCGAGGCUAUGUCCCAACGUGAGAUCGCAUUGUCCUCUGUGUUGCACUCUUCGUAUCACGGAAGCCUAAAGAGCUUGUCGUGCUUUGUUUCUUCAACCGAUGAAGGGUACUUGUAUGACCUUACAACAUCCACAACAUUGUUGAGUGCCUAUAAGUAUUCUAGUCCAUUGAAAAGCGCUGUUCUUGAUGAGUGCUUCCUGCAUGCCUUCACAAAGAGAGGUCUAGAGACGUACAUUUUGCACACACCACCGCGGGUGCUGCCGUCGAACUUGCCUCUCAACGAGAGGUCGCCAGUCUUAGUCGGACUGCGUCCUUUCUUGGGCAUCUCAACGAUUGUCAUGUCAGACAGUCAUUUAGUUCUGCACUCAUCAAGUGAAGACUCGUGUGCAGAACCUACGGAGCAACUGUCCACUGUUUAUUCUCUACUGAAGCCCACGGUUUGCCAAUUCUGUAACGAUCUCAAAGAAGCUGCUGCCACUGUUUAUAAGAGUGAAGAAGAGAAGACAAAAUUUGUCGAGAUGCUGUCGGACGCGCUUGACGUCAUGUCAACCAGCAUUCUGCUCCGUGGCACGACGCCGUGCAGCUCCGAGAUCAGGAAGGUCCGUAGCGACCUCUGUUGCCUUCUGGGAGACGUGCAUAUGAAGGACGAAAAAUGUGCAAGUGAGGCUGCCGCCUAUUACAUCCAUUCCGAGCAGCCACCGGAAGCUGUUCUUGGCAGGAUUUUAUCAUUCAGAGGGCAGCUGCCUAACCACCACAUUACGAAAGCAAUCGUUGCCCUCUUGAAAUUCGAAAUGUGCCGCGCUCUUCCAGCAAGCGAGACCAGCAGUGGCCUCGGAUCCGAGAACGUCGCAGAGUGCGUCCUGGAGACCGUCGCUGAAGAAUGUCCCGACCUGUUGCACAAGCUUGUCCUCCGCUGCAGAACGCCCAUCUUUAGGACGGAGAAGUCUGUAAAUGUCCUACGAAGGAAGCUAACGAACAAGAGGCAGUCUCCGAUCUAUGCCGCGAACACCAUAGCCGUUUCUUACUUACUGCGGAAGACCGGUAACGAGGAAGCAGCUCAAAACAUAUUGAAGGCCUUGCAGAAAGAGAGCCUGGUCUUAGUCCUUCUGGACAUGCAUGACCUCAUCCAUGAUGGCCAAGACAUCACUGACCUGGGACGUCUCAUCAAAGCAAGCAGGCCCGACGCGUACCUGUCCAUGCUGGCUCACCUAAAGUUUAACGGAACGCUGUCCGCCGAGCAGGCCGUUUUCCUGCUGCAACAUUCCUGUCCAGAGAGGGAGCUGCACUGCGUUCCUCUCCUGAAAGAGUUCCUGGAAGCAGUACUGUCGAGCAAGAGAACUAACGCGGCGGCGUGCGCGCAUCUCUUGACCAUGCUGAUCAAAAUCUACAUAGGCAGGAUGGCGCCAGAUGACAAGAGUCCACAACGUACGCCGAGCAACGUCCACUCGAAGCCUGCGUCGCUCUUUGGAAGUCGAGCUCCCUGGAUCAAAGAACUGCCCCCGUUCAAUGGCAGCAGUGUCACCAAGUCGUGCAGCCUGUAUGCAACAUCCGUCAACCUCUCAGAGUGUUGUCUUUGCUGGAACUGUUGGGAUGACCUGCUGAGACUUCAGUCACUUCUUGGUUCAGCUCUGCCUUCCGAGUCUGUGAAAGCCGCGGCAUUAGAGACGCUGACAAAUACUGGCCUACUCGAAUCCGAGAAUUACGUUAGCCUGAAGGUGCUCUGCCUCCCACCCGGGGAUGCAACAUCCAUCCUUGUUGAGGACUACCCUACUGCUGUCCUGGGGUUCAUGCAGGACAAGUUUCCUGAUGAUACAAGCCAGUGGUUGUGGCUUUACAAAGCAGUAGAGAAUAAGCAGGGCGUGUCUCAAAAUAGGGAUGCUUCGAAAGCAUAUAUGAGAGUCAUGCAUGGAGUGCUGGGUCACUUGAGUAAUGUGCUUUCACCAGGGGAGUUUGUUGAGCUUCUGCCUCGUGGAAAACCAGAGUACACGGAGUAUGUCACACAUUGUACAGAGUGUUAUCAAGCUAAGAUAUUGAGAGAGAAGAUAAUUUGUCUUGGGACAGAACUGAAGGAAAUGAUGUAGAAGACACAAAUAGUAAGUGUUAUAAAAAGAUAUCUGUAGUGAGGUUAUAGAGUAGUAUAGGCAAGUGCAGGACAGAGCAAGAGACAGAAGAAGCUAAAAAUAUUAUUGCAAUUACAUUGUACAGCUUCAUGUUCUAUCAUUAUUCUGCUUUAAUUUUGCACACGCAUUUGUGAAUAAAAGUGUCACAAAAUUGU